UUCCAUCAUGUGUGACUGCUUCCACAUAGCGUUCCCGAAUUGGCACGCAGCUUCUUCAGGACCCGGUGCUGGUCGCAGACUGAGAGGUCCAGAGCCUGGGACAGAAGACAACUCAAUAUGUGACGAAGCGUCUCAGUUCACAGAGGGAGAGAGGCCACGUCCACAAGGAUCAUCCCCUGUCGAAGAGUUCCCUGAAUCAGACAAAUACGACAGUGACAAAGAGUGUGAAGCAGAGCAUGACCCUUAUCGAAAAAGUGGAAAGAAAACAAAAAAGUCUGGGCUGGGAUCCAUCUUUGACAAGCGCUCGACUCCAAAGAUGAGCAAACUGAAGGCCCCCAGCAGCCCUGAAGCGGGAGUCAUAGUGAAAACAGCCAAAGAUGGAGGAGCUGAGGGUCUGGUGUACAGCGGAGGGGGCAAAGACGGUAUCUUUAUUAAGGAAGUGGUACCAGAGUCGCCGGCUUCCAAAAAUCUGCAUCUCAAAGAAGGUGACCAAGUCCUGAGUGCCACUGUGUACUUUGACAACAUACCCUAUGAAGACGCCAUUCAAAUUCUGGAGCAUGCCCAGGCUUACAAAGUCAAACUCUGCUUAAAACGCAAACCAGAAAUCACCGAGACCGAAGGAGUCAUCGAUUCAGACGCAAUCCCUGAAGAUGAAGUACACCAACCAGAGAUGAGAGACCCGGGGAAAAAACGAAGAGGAGAUGCUCGUAUUUCGUGGCCUAAGUUCCCGUCGCUUAGCAGAGGCAAAAAGUCACGGUUUACGAGGUCGCACAGUUCAUCAGAGGCAGACGAGCAGAGAAAACUUGAGCUGAGUCCGACCACAAGCGACACAGAAUCUCCAAUAAAAACUCAAGAUGCUCUCAAGGGCAAGAAAAAGCAUAAGAUCAAGCUCCCUGGGUUGAAGAGAGGGAGGAUCAGUUCAUCAGAGGACACAGAUGCGCAAAAUAUCCAAACAGAGGAAAUGAUAUCACCUGAAUGCCUGGAAAGCCCGUCAAGAGAAACACAAGAUGCUGAAGAGCAGGUGAAAAAAGGUGAUGAUGCAAAAGUAGAGGAAAGUGAAACCGAAACACAUAAAACAGAACUGGUUUGUUUGGACACUACUUUGAAAACUGCAGAUAUCACAGAAGUAUUGGUAGAACAGGAGACGCCUUCUGCCACUGCGUCCCCCGAUGGCAAGAAAAAGAAGAAAGAGCGAUCUGAGUUAAAGAUGAAGAUUCUAGGAAAAGAUAAAAAACACAAAGCAAAGUCUUCGCCCAAAAGGUUAAAAACUCUCGGAGCGAGUUUGGACAAAACAGAUGAUAAGGAAAAUGAGAAAACAGAGGCAGUUCCCAGUGGUCCACCAGAAAACAUUAUGGAUGCUGAAGUCCCAAAAAUGAGUUCCAGUAAAUCAAGUCAGAUGGAGUUACGCAUUCCAAAAGUCGAAAUCGACAUCUCUGACGUUGGGAUUCUAUGCAAAUCUACUGAGAAGAAAGGAAAAGGCAUAGAAGAAAAACAAACAAAGACAGGGUUCAAACUGCCAAAAGUUGGUCUAACUGAUGUUGCAACUGAAGAAAUCAUAAAGAUACAUACAAGUGUUGAAGGAAGCAAGACAAAGGACAAAGAUGACGCAUAUGACAGUCUUUCAAAAGGCACCAAACUUCCAAAACGUGAAGACAUUGAAAUUCCAGGUAUGGAGGAUGCUUCAAAGAUAACAAAAGAUUUCAAGGAACCGAGAGCCCCUCUGGCAACUAUUUCAGAUGCAGACCUCCAAGCAGAAACUGUUCAGAUGUCCAUAGACGUGGAUAGUGUCAAAGAAGCCGUGUCAAAGCUGCCUGGAUAUAAGUUGCCAAAGGUCGACAUGUCUGGAGUCCCGAUUCCUGAUGAAAUUACUGUGAUAGACGCCAAUGCCCAGAGAAUAUCUGUCAAAACACCAACUAAAGGUAAACAUGAAUCAAAGUCAGUCUUCACCGAAAUGUCUAUCAAGCUACCAAAUGUCAAGGCUGAUGUAAGUGGAGGUGAACUCACAUCUCACACUAAAGUCGGUCUUAAGAAACUUGAACUAGACUCCCAAGAUGUAAUAUCGACAAAGGCCAUCAUUUCUCAAACUAUAGAGGUUGAAAAAGUACAAAAGGAACACAUAACUUUUUCUUGUGAAUCAGAAGAAAAGUCAAAAGAUUUGGAUAUCAAGAUAAAAACACCUAAAGUAACCAUGCCUGACUUGAGUAUCUCAAAACCAGACAUUAAGGUUCCUGAUUUUAAAAUGGAUUUGACAAAGAAAAAGGAUGACAAGAUACAAGUAGAAAGGACGAUAUUUCUACCAGGAGACAAAAUGGAUGUCAAAGUGCCAGAUGUGAAAACCUCACCCAUCAAAGCUGAAUUUGAGAUCCCAAGUAAAGACAUCGAUGUAAAGUUGAAGUUGGAUAGUGAAGAAAUAGUCACAAGUGUCAAGGGUGAAGUAAAGGUUGGUAUAGUAGAGACAAAAAUGCCUGAAAAACAAGGAAAAGGUGGAAAAUUCAAAAUGCCAACUGUUGGAAUCUCUAUGCCCAAAGCAAAAGAGGGUAAGGCUCCAGAAGUGGAUGUAGGUGGAUCUGUGCAUGUGUCUGUUCCGGAGGUGGAGGUUAACAAGACUAAGUCAGAAUUCAAAUCACCCCAAACUGAAACUGACAAAGAAGCAAAAUUUGGAAUCAAACUGAAAAGCCCAGAAGUAAGUUUACCAAAGAAAGACAUUGAAGUCACACAACCAGAGGGAAAAAUUGAGCUGGAUGUACCAAAGUUGGCUGACAUCGAAAUCACAGGUGAUGUGGAAGGCCAAGGAGGGAAAUUUAAACUCCCCAAAAUUGGUCUUAAAAUGCCCCAAAUGAAAGCUCCAGAAAUGGAUGUGAGCGCUUCACAUGAUGUUGAUGUCACUCUACCAGAUGUCAAGGUAAAGGUGGAACUGCCAGAAGUGCCUGCAGCUGAUGUCACUGUAGGAACGAUGGAGGUUUCAAUCCCAAAACAAAAGGUAGAGGUGAAAGCUCCAUCCAUUGAAGCUGAUAUUGAAGGUGGCAAGUUUAGAAUGCCAAAGGUUGGUGUUAAAAUGCCAAAAGGUCCUGAAAUUGAUAUAAGUUUGUCAAAGAAAGACAAAGAAGUGGCACUACCAAAAGUUGAUGAACCAAAGAUAGAUGUUUCAAGCCCAGAGAAAAAGAUUGAGAUAAAAACUGAAAGCGAAGUUGAUGGGCGAGGAGGAAAGUUUAAAAUGCCAAAACUAGGGAUCACAAUGCCAAAAAUUAAAGGACCCGAAAUUGACUUAAAUCUCUCAAAGAAGGAUGUUGAAACAACUCUGCCUGACGUCAAAACUGACAUUAAGGUGCCAGAUCUUAAACUUAAGGAUUCAUCUGCCAAAGCUGGCAUAUCUACACCAGUAAUAGGUGAUGUAAAACUAAAAACUGAUAUGGAAAUUGAUUAUGACCCUUCUUUAUCUGUAAAAAUGACUACAGGGGAAGCAGAUGGAAAAGCUGGCAAGUUUAAAAUGCCAAAGUUGGGGAUAUCUAUGCCAAAAGUAAAAGGACCUGAAAUUGAUCUUAACCUAUCAAAGGAUGAAAAAGAUAUGAAACCAACAGAUAUUAAAGCAGAGGUGAAGGUACCUAAAGUUGACAUUACAGUUGGCAAAGUUGAUGUUCCAAAGCCUAAAAUUGAAAUGGAAAAAACAAAUGUUGAAAUAAAGCCAAUUGAAGCCAAAUUGGAUAUUAAAAAACCUGAAGUUAAGUCGAUAGCGGAAAAUGCAGAAAUUGAAGGACAAAGUGGAAAGUAUAAAAUUCCGAGGUUUACUAUCUCCAUACCAAAAGUGAAAGGACCAGAAAUUGAUUUAGGUUUACAAAAGAAAGAGAUGGAUGUAGCAUUACCAGAAGCAAAAAUAGAAGUUGAAGUGCCAAAAGUUCCAAAAGUUGAUGUGGAGGUGAAAUCACCAGAAAUGGAUGUUGAUAUUGAAGGACAAGGUGGCAAGUUUAAGAGACCAAAGUUUGGAAUUAAAAUGCCAAAAGUUAAAGGACCAGAAAUUGAUUUAAGUUUACAAAAGAAAGACAUGGAUAUAGCAUUACCAGAAGCAAAAAUAGAAGUUGAACAGCCAAAAGUUCCAAAAGUUGAUGUGGAGGUGAAAUCACCAGAAAUGGAUGUUGAUAUUGAAGGACAAGGUGGCAAGUUUAAGAGACCAAAGUUUGGAAUUAAAAUGCCAAAAGUUAAAGGACCAGAAAUUGACAUUAGUCUGCCGAAGAAAGAAGGAAAAUCACUUGAAAUGAAAGCAGACGUCAAGGUUCCAGAGGUUCCAAAAGUGGAUGUAAAUCUUGGAGGUAAAGUAGAUGUUAAAAUUCCAGAAACAAAAAUUGAAGUUGAGAAACCUAGUGUUCCUGAUGUUGAGGUAAAACCCCCCUCUGGUAAAAUAAAAAUUAAAGCUCCAGAUAUUGAUGUGUCAGUCACAGAAGACUCACCAUCCAAAUUUAAAAUGCCAAGUUUGGGGAUCUCAGUGCCAAAAAUUAAAGCACCAGAAGUUAAUCUUUCAAAACAGGAUAUAGAUGUGACAAUGCCAGAAGCCAACGUUGAGGUUGUUCUUCCUGAAAUCUCUGGGAAGGUUGAUGUGAAAGCACCAGAGGUAGAAGUUAGUACUAAAGGUUCUCCUUUAAAAUUCAAAAUGCCCACAUUCAAAUUACCAAAAUUUGGAGGUUCAAUUGAGGAAAAAGAUUCUGAGAUCAAAAUAGAAGGGGGUGAUCAGACUGUUUCAAUUCCACAGGCUAAUAUUGAUCUGCCUGAUGUCAGUGCAGAGGUGACUCUACCAGAGACUGAAGUCAAAGCUCCUUCAGGUGAAGUGGUGAUAGAACAACCUCGCUUGGAGAUGGAUGCUAAAUUUAAGAAGCCAAGAUUCUCACUGCCUCGGUUUUCCUUCUCCAAACAAAGUGUGCCAGCUCCAGAGGUUGAUAUCAGUGCUCCAGAAAUGGAUGUUCCACAGCCAGAAGGAAAGGUGGAAGUGAAAGGAGAAAUAGAUGUAAAAUCUCCAGAGCUUGAUGUUCAAAUUGAAGGACACGGAGGUAAAUUCAAACUGCCAAAGUUUGGAAUCUCAAUGCCAAAAAUUUCAGCACCUGAAAUAGAUCUGAGUUUGUCAAAGAAAGAUGUAGAGGUAACUUUACCAGAGGCUAAAGUUGAAGGUAAACUUCCGGAUGUUGAAGUUAAGGCACCUUCAAUUGAAGCAGAAAUCAGAGCACCUGAGAUAGAAGUUGAGACCAAGACAAAAGAGGGAUCACCAUCAAAACUAAAGAUGCCCACUUUUAAAUUUCCCAAAUUUGGAGGAUCAAUUCCAGAGGCAGAUGUGACCAUAUCAGGGCCACAGUUAGAUGUUGAACUACCUGAUGUCAAAGCAGAGAUUCCCGUACCAGAGGUUGAGGUCAAAGCUCCUUCAGUUGAGUUGGAAAUAGAACAACCACAAGGUUUGGAGAUGGACGCUAAAUUUAAGAAGCCAAGAUUCUCACUGCCUCGGUUUUCCUUUUCCAAACAAAGUGUACCAGCUCCAGAGGUUGAUAUCAGUGCUCCAGAAGUGGAUAUUCCACAGCCAGAAGGAAAAGUGAAAGUGAAAGAAGAAAUAGAUGUGAAAUCUCCAGAGCUUGAUGUUCAAAUUGAAGGACAAGGAAGUAAAUUUAAACUGCCAAAGUUUGGAAUCUCAAUGCCAAAGAUGACCGCUCCUGAAAUAGAUCUGAGCUUGUCAAAGAAAGAUGCAGAAGUGACUUUACCAGAGGCUAAAUUUGAAGGUCAUCUCUCUGGUAUAGAAGUUAAAGCCCCGUCAAUUGAAGCAGAAAUCAAAGCUCCAGAGAUAAAAGUUGAGAGUAAGACAAAGGAAGGAUCUCCAUCAAAACUAAAGAUGCCCACUUUUAAAUUACCUAAAUUUGGAGCUUCCAUACCAGAAGCUGAAAUUAAGGUUGAUGGAACCAAUAUUUCAAAGAUAGAUGUCGAUCAACCUGAAGUUACAGCAAAGAUUGAUCUACCAGAAGCUGAUAUCAAAGCUCCUUCAGUUGAGGUAGAUGGACAAGGAGGUAAAUUCAAACUGCCAAAGUUUGGAAUCUCAAUGCCAAAAAUUUCAGCACCUGAAAUAGAUCUGAGUUUGUCAAAGAAAGAUGUAGAGGUGACUCUACCAGAGGCUAAAGUUGAAGGUAAACUCCCUGAUAUUGAAGUUAAGGCACCUUCAAUUGACGCAGAAAUCAAAGCUCCCGAGAUAAAAGUUGAGACUAAGACAAAAGAGGGAUCACCAUCAAAACUAAAGAUGCCCACAUUUAAAUUUCCCAAAUUUGGAGGAUCAAUUCCAGAGGCAGAUGUGACCGUAUCAGGGCCACAGUUAGAUGUUGAACUACCUGAUGUCAAAGCAGAGAUUCCCGUACCAGAGGUCGAAGUCAAAGCUCCUUCAGUUGAGGUUGAAAUAGAACAACCACAAGGCUUUGAGAUGGACACAAAAUUUAAGAAGCCAAGAUUCUCACUGCCUCGGUUUUCCUUCUCCAAACAAAGUGUGCCAGCUCCAGAGGUUGAUAUCAGUGCCCCAGAAGUGGAUAUUCCACAACCAGAAGGAAAAGUGGAAGUGAAAGGAGAAAUAGAUGUGAAAUCUCCAGAGCUUGAUGUUCAAAUUGAAGGACAAGGAAGUAAAUUUAAAUUACCCAAGUUUGGAAUCUCAAUGCCAAAGAUGACCGCUCCUGAAAUAGAUCUAAGUUUGUCAAAGAAAGAUGUAGAGGUGAUUCUUCCAGAGGCUAAAGUUGAAGGUAAACUCCCUGAUGUAGAUGUUAAAGCACCUUCAAUUGAAGCAGAAAUCAAAGCUCCAGAGAUAAAAGUAGAAACUAAGACAAAGGAAGGAUCUCCAUCAAAACUAAAGAUGCCCACUUUUAAAUUACCUAAAUUUGGAGCUUCCAUACCAGAAGCUGAAAUUAAGGUUGAUGGAACCAAUAUUUCAAAGAUAGAUGUUGAUCAACCUGAAGUUAGAGCAAAGAUUGAUCUACCAGAAGUUGAUGUUAAAGCUCCUUCAGUUGAGGUAGACAGACAAGGAGGUAAAUUCAAACUGCCAAAGUUUGGAAUCUCAAUGCCAAAAAUGUCAGCACCUGAAACAGAUCUGAGUUUGUCAAAGAAAGAUGUAGAUGUGGCUCUACCAGAGGCUAAAGUUGAAGGUAAACUCCCUGGAAUUGAAGUUAAGACACCUUCAAUUGAUGCAGAAAUCAAAGCUCCUGAAAUAAAAGUUGAGGCUAAGACUAAAGAGGGAUCACCAUCAAAACUAAAGAUGCCCACAUUUAAAUUGCCCAAGUUUGGAGCUUCCAUACCAGAAGCUGAAAUUAAAGUUGAUGGAACCGAUGUUGGCCAGGUACAUGUUGACGUGCCUGAGGUUAAGGCAGAGGUGCAUCUACCAGAGGUCGAAGUCAAAGCUCCUUCAGUUGAGGUAGAUGGACAAGGAGGUAAAUUCAAACUGCCAAAGUUUGGAAUCUCAAUGCCAAAAAUUUCAGCACCUGAAAUAGAUCUGAGUUUGUCAAAGAAAGAUGUAGAGGUAACUCUACCAGAGGCUAAAGUUGAAGGUAAACUUCCUGAUGUUGAAGUUAAGGCACCUUCAAUUGAAGCAGAAAUCAGAGCACCUGAGAUAAAAGUUGAGACCAAGACAAAAGAGGGAUCACCAUCAAAACUAAAGAUGCCCACUUUUAAAUUUCCCAAAUUUGGAGGAUCAAUUCCAGAGGCAGAUGUGACCAUAUCAGGGCCACAGUUAGAUGUUGAACUACCUGAUGUCAAAGCAGAGAUUCCCGUACCAGAGGUCGAGGUCAAAGCUCCUUCAGUUGAGUUGGAAAUAGAACAACCACAAGGUUUGGAGAUGGACGCUAAAUUUAAGAAGCCAAGAUUCUCACUGCCUCGGUUUUCCUUUUCCAAACAAAGUGUACCAGCUCCAGAGGUUGAUAUCAGUGCUCCAGAUGUGGAUAUUCCACAGCCAGAAGGAAACGUGGAAGUGAAAGGAGAAAUAGAUGUGAAAUCUCCAGAGCUUGAUGUUCAAAUUGAAGGACAAGGAAGUAAAUUUAAACUACCCAAGUUUGGAAUCUCAAUGCCAAAGAUGACCACUCCUGAAAUAGACCUGAGCUUAUCAAAGAAAGAUGUAGAGGUGACUUUACCAGAAGCAAAGGUGAAGGCCACAGUCCCUGAUGUAGAAGUAAAAGCACCUUCAAUUGAAGUAGAAGGUAAUGCUUCUGAGAUAAAAGUUGAGACUAAAACAAAGGAAGGAUCACCAUCAAAACUAAAGAUGCCCACUUUUAAAUUACCUAAAUUUGGAGUUUCUAUACCUGAAGCUGAAAUACAUGUUGAUGGGCCUGAUGUGGAUACAAAAGUCCCACAAGUAGACAGUGACCUACCUGAUGUCAAAGUAGAAGUUCAGUUACCAGAGGCUGAAAUUAAGGCUCCUUCAGGUGAAGUGGUGAUAGAACAACCACCAGGUUUGGAAAUAGAUGCCAAGUUUAAAAAGCCAAGAUUUUCCCUACCCAGGUUUUCCUUCUCCAAACAAAGUGUGCCAGCUCCAGAGGUUGAUAUCGGUGCUCCAGAAGUGGAUAUUUCACAGCCAGAAGGAAAAGUGGAAGUGAAAGGAGAAAUAGAUGUAAAAUCUCCAGAGCUUGAUGUUCAAAUUCAAGGACAAGGAAGUAAAUUCAAACUGCCAAAGUUUGGAAUCUCAAUGCCAAAGAUGACCACGCCUGAAAUAGAUCUGAGCUUAUCAAAGAAAGAUGUAGAGGUGACUCUACCAGAGGCUAAAUUGGAGGCCAAGAUCCCUGAUGUUGAAGUUAAAGCUCCUUCAAUUGAAGCAGAAAUUAGAGCACCACAAAUAAAAGUGGAGACUAAGACAAAAGAGGGAUCACCAUCAAAACUAAAGAUGCCCACAUUCAAAUUUCCCAAAUUUGGAGCUUCCAUACCAGAAGCUGAAAUUAAGGUUGAUGGGACAGAUGUGGCUGCUGAUAUUCCUGACGUUAAAGUAGAAAUCGAUCUACCUGAGACUGAGGUUAAAGUUCCUUCAGGUGAAGUGGUGAUAGAACAACCAUCAGGUUUGGAAAUGGAUGGUAAAUUUAAGAAGUCAAAAUUCUCACUGCCUCGUUUUCCUUCCCAAACAAAGUGUAUUAAUGUACCAGUGGAGGAAAAUGUUGAAGUGAAAGCAGAAAUAAAUGUAAAAUCUCAUGAAUUUGAAUCUCAAGUUGAUGGACAAAGAAGUAAGUUUAAAUUUCCCAAGUUUGGAAUCUCCAUGCCAAAGAUGUCAGCACCCGAAAUUGAUCUAAGCUUGUCAAAGAAAGAUGUAGAGGUGACUUUACCAGAAACGAAAGUGGAGGGUAAACCAACAGGUGUUGAACUAAAGGGAACUUCUAUUGAAGCAGAAAUAAAAGGUCCAGAGAUAAAAGUUGAAUCAAAACAUAUAGACGAUUCCCCAUCAAAGCUUAAGAUGCCCAGUUUCAGAAUGCCAAAGUUUGGACUGAGUUCAAGUGUUUCGGCAGAUGGAGCAGACAUCAAAACCGAUAUUCCUGAAGAGGUUCUGAUAGUUGAAACUGAUAGCUCAUCUGUGGAUAUAAAAAUGUCUGAGCCUGAGAUGAAAAGAAGCAAGUUCAAGCUUCCAAGUCUCGCUUUCUCAACCUAUGGUACUGAUGCAUCCUUAGAAAAGAGAGACAUGCAGCUUCCAGAAGUUGAAAUUAAAGAUAGCCCAGCUAAAGUAGAUAUCAAAGUAUCUGGAAUGGAAGGAAGUAGUGCAGAAAGCUCACCCUCCAAAUUUAAGAUGCCAACAUUCAAACUCCCUAAAUUUGGAGCUACGGCACAAAUCGAUGGAGAGGUUCCUGAUGUGGACAGAGGCAUAAAGGUUGAUGUAAAUGUUUCAAAGAAUGAUGUAGAAGGUGAAAAAUCAGAAGCAAAAGAGGAGUCCAAAGCCAGUUGGUCUUUGCCAAAAAUAUCAUUUUCAAAACCAAUUGUGGCAGCCUCUGAAAUUGAGGCUUCAGUCCCAGAGUCCAAAAAAGAGGUGCAAACCCCAGAUGGUAAAAAAUCCUUCACUGUUGCUGUGGAAGGAGAACCAACUUCUGAGAUCGAUGUAAAAAUAAAGAAACCAAGAUUUUCAUUGCCCAAACUUUCAUUUGCAAAACAAUCCAGUAUAGAAUCUGAAGCUGAUGCAAAUCUGCCUGAAGUGUCUUCUCCAGUUGCAACUGUGGAGGUCAAACAUACAGCCAUGGAUCAAAAAACAGAGGGUGAAGUAGAUGCUCAAGGAAGCAAGUUUAAAAUGCCCAAAUUCGGCAUUUCUAUGCCAAAGGUGAAAGGGCCUGAAAUUGAUGUGAGCAUUUCAAAGAAAGAAGCCAAGGCAGAUGUUCCUGAAAAUAAAGCCUCACUAAAGGUAGAAGAAUCGCCAACAAAAUUUAAGAUGCCAGCUUUAAAAUUACCCAAAAUUGGUUUAAGUGUAGAGGCUUCUGAUGCAGACAAGGAUAAGCCUGAUGUGGAAACUACAGUCAAAACUACCCCAGAUAGCGCUGAAGGUAAAGAGGUUAAAAAAGAACACACAGGAUCUAAGUUUAGUUUUGGUAUUUCUAUGCCCAAAGUAAAAGGACCUGAAAUUGAUUUCAGUUUGUCAAAAAAGGACACUGAGAUUACAUCCCCAGAUGCCACAGUUGAAACCACACUCCCUGAAGCAGAAGACAUUUCAUUAGAUGCUAAACAAAGGUGCCUCCUGGUCAUUCCAAAAUUUUCAUUUUCAAAGCCAGCAGUAAAUGCGACUGACGAAGCAGAUGUCGAUGUUAAAUCCAACUUGAAUAAAGAGGCAGCUCCAGAGCUUGAAGCCAAAGGGACUUCAGUUGCUGCAGAAGAUUCACCAGCAGCAGAGCCUGAGAUGAAAGCGAAGUUCUCACUACCAAAAUUCUCCUUUUCCAAGUCAUCUUCUAAAGAGCCAAUAGUACCUGAAAACGCUGUAGCCCUGGAAGUUUCACUUGCAGAGGGAGAAGUGAAAAUAAAAGAACCUAAAGAUAUGACUGUGGAAGUAAACACUGAUGAUACUAAAUCCAAAGAGACUGGAGGAUCACCCUUAAGAUUUAAAAUGCCAGUUUUCAAAAUGCCAAAAAUAGGAAUUACAACCACAGUGAGUGAAGAAUCAAGUAGUGCAAGUAAAGACACAGAGGAGACAAUAAAAAUAACUAAAGAAAGUGGCACUGUUGUCAUCACAGCAGCAAGUCCAUCGAUAGAAGUAAAAAUGGAAGAUUUGGAAAUCAAAACUGAUGUGACCACAGCAUCAACACCUGACCCUGAAACUCCACAGGCUGAGACUCAAGGCUCUCCAAGUAAAUUCAAGUUACCAUCAUUUAAAAUGCCAAGGCUUGGUUUUUCUAAAGCUGUGUACGAAGAUGAAAAUACCCCAACUGAUUCUAAAAUUAUGAGGGUGAUCUGGAAAGUAAAUCGCCAAAGAAUCCUUGCCAUCACUUGGAGAAAUUCUGAAAAUAUAGAUGUUGAAUUUGAUGUUCCAAGUCCAGAAAAUCUUGAAUCCCCAAACAAAAAUCAGGAAGCCCAAAAGGAACAAGAAACCAUCAAAAAGGAAACAAAGCAAGAAGCUACCAAGAGUCCAGAGAGAACGGGAUGGUUUAAAUUUCCUACAUUCGGACUAUCUUCACCAACAGAGAGAGUAAAGGAAGACAAAAAGAGUCCAGCAGAUUUAACAGGUGAUGAGGAGAUAAGCCCAACUUGUUCCAUCCAGUCAUCUGAGGCCUUUGGAGACAUUAGCUCAACAAUAACCAGUGAAAAUAUCGGCUUUUCAUUGUCAUCCCCAACAAAAGUAACAGUGAAAUAUUCUGAUCCAGAUUCUACUGCACUGAUGGGAGAAUCGCACUCAAAUGUAGUAAUGUCUAUGACCAAAACACAGGUGAUUUCAGUCGAGCCCAACUUACCUGAGAAAGUUAUGAUUUUGUCAUCAGGAAGGUCAUCAUCAUCAGAAGAUACAGUUAAACUGGAAUCUGGAAAAAUUCACAUAAUCUCGUCAAAUAUACAAGCCACGCCAGAUUCACAGCAGGCCAAGAUGCUAACAUCCAUCCAUGUCCAGUCUGCGGAGGGUGUUUCAGGUCUCAAAUCAUGGACUGUCAAAGACUCCCAAAGCAGCCAGAGCACAUUCAUGGAGAGCCGUGUUGUCAAGGAAUCCUCCAGCAAAGAAGUCGUAAUCACAAAGCAGAUUACUCGUAUGGUUAAAACUACAGAGCCAAUCUCUGAUGAGACAGCUACUUCGAUAAAGCAAUUAAAAGACUCUGUUCACACUGAUAAAAUGAGGUUCUUUGAUGAAGCUGAACAGUAAAAUCAGUUAUUUUUCAAGAGUUCACUGUGUUAUAAAGUUCACUUUUGCUUUCUCAUCCCAGGCCAAAUGACUGUAAUUCUUUGUUGUUAUAAACAUAAAUA